AUGAAUUUUGUGCAAUUAAACACUGAAUCUGGUGUGGGCCUAGAAUUGAUCGGAGUUAAAGGAGCUGGUCAAGUGAGAACCGGUAUUUAUAUUCUAUCUGUGAUACCUGGAUUAUCAGCAGCUAAAGAUGGAAGAUUGUCUACUGGAGAUCAAUUGCUAUCGAUCGAUGAACAUUCUUUAUUGGGGGUUACAAUGGAAGAGGCUUUCAAGAUUUUUCGUAGAAAUGGCAGCGUAGUUACUUUGGUGGUUGCCAAAGGAGCAGCAUUUAAUCAUGGAUUAGAUCGACAUAGAAUGUUUCAACAGUGCUAUUCAAUGCCUCAGACCAAGCAAGAGGCUGACAGUACAACCUUCAUGUUUCCUCAACAAUCUUCGUCACCACCAACUAGGUAUCCUUCUUCAUGGUAUCAGCACGCAGAUGCAAUGAACAAUGGCAUACCACAUUUCAAUCAGAUGGCGUUUGCAUACAAUCCAUACAGGGAACAUUUCAUAAAUUUUGUCAGGCAGGCAACGCUCUACUCAAAGUAUACAAAUCAGAUACCAAAAACUGUUGCGAAACCAAGUCCAGGUACCAGACAGAAGAAGCAGUUCAUCUGUAAAUAUUGUAACAGGCAUUUCACUAAGAGUUACAAUCUUUUGAUACAUGAGAGGACACAUACUGACGAAAGGCCGUAUUCUUGUGACAUAUGUGGGAAGGCUUUCAGGAGGCAAGAUCACUUGAGAGACCAUAGAUACAUCCACAGUAAAGAGAAGCCCUUCAGGUGCACAGUUUGUGGAAAAGGAUUUUGCCAGAGCAGGACUUUGGCAGUUCACAAAAUCCUCCAUUCAGAAGAAUCACCUCAUAAGUGCCCAAUUUGCGAAAAAUCAUUCAACCAACGUUCCAACUUGAAAACCCACCUUUUGACCCAUAGCCAAAAAACAAUGGAUUGUCCAUCAUGCUCGCAAAUAUUCGCUAGUUACACCGAGUUGAAGAACCACGAAUUGAACCAUUGUUCUUCAAAACCCCAAAGUACCAAUAACGUUCCAGUAGUACCAUUAGUCUUGGAAGAAAUAGAAGUUACAGAUGGUUUGGAUCUUUCAAGGAAACACCAAGAAGAGAAUAGUUGUGAAGAAAAUUCAAUAAAAACGGAGAAAGAAACGACGCCAGUAAAAACUAGAUUCGGUUUUUCAAUUGAAGACAUACUCAGGAAAUGAGUUUUUUUUUAUUUCGAAUUUUUUAGAGAUUCCUACCUCUUCUUCUUUGAGACUGAUAUUGUCAAAUGUUACCAAUUUGAUUUUCAAAGGUUCAAAGUUCUGUGUUAUGAUUGUACAUAUCUGUAAAUAUUGUUGUUGAUUUUUGUUGUUAUUUAUUGAAUUUUUUAUUUAUUGCAUACUAUCAUCUUAUCAUCGAAUAUAGAUAAUACUAUUGCAUGUACAUUAAAUUCUUGAAUUUU